CCUAAUGAAAUGAAUUCCUUAUAAUCCAAAAAUUUGUUUGAUAGUUACAUUUCUUCUCAAAGAGAGAGAGAGAAAGAGAGACACAAUAAAAAUGUACACAUAUCAUUUGUAGGCUAUAUCUGAUGUUAUAGUUAAUAUAAAACAAUAUGCAUACUCUGCGUAUAUAUUUAUACAUCAUGUUAUUCCAAAAAGUUAUAAAAAAAUUACUUGAAAUAUGGUCAUCUUGUGGAAUAUGGUCAUCCACCAAGUGCAUCACGAGUGUCGCAUGUCGCAAUUAUCACGUAUAAUUAUUUUAAAAAGUUUUAAAAUUUAUUUAAAAAAAAAUUUUAGUCAAAAAAAUUAUUAAAAAAGUUUUUUUUAAUAAAAUAUAUUUUAUGAACUGUUCGUAAAACCUAGUUUUGUGGCACCUAUUUAUGCCUAAAAUCUACAAAAGUUUAUUAAUUUAUAUAUAUUUUUUUUUUAUAAAAAUGUACACGUCUUGAUAAAGCUUUUGUAAUAAAAUUAAAAAUUUUAAUUAUUUUUUAUUUAUUUAACUUUUGUGACAGACAAUUAUUAAUCAAUCACAAAUAUUCCUUAUUUUACAGUGUUAUCAAUAAUUUUAUCUCCCAUGUCUUUCUGUUCUAUACUUUUCAGUCCCAAAACUAUUUGUGAAGAACAUAGAAAAGCUAACGUACUCUAAAAAGAACCCGUUUACAGAAAAAGAAGAAGAAGAAGAAGAAGAAAAGCAAAUCUACAAGUGUCCAGGAUGCACCAACAAAUAUAUUCUAGAAGCAUCCUUGCGAAGACAUCAGAGAUUAGAAUGCGGCGUCAAACCUAAAUACGAAUGUCUAGCAUGCGGCGAGAGAUUCAUGUUUACUGGCGCAGAUGCUAAUGCAGGACGACAGCGAAUGGAACCAACAUGGGUCGAGUGGAUCACCGUACAAGGUGCCCAGAAAUAUCCGAAAGAAGAGCGUGGGUGAUUCCAAGUACGAGUGCAACAGAUGCGGAAAAACGUACAAGGCUACAACAUCUUUAAGCCGACAUAAGCGACUUGAGUGCGGCGUCAUGCCGUGCGAAGUAUGCCCUAUCUGUGGCCGCAGAUUCAAGCACAGAUUCGUCCUAAACGCUCACAUCGUCGGUUGCGAGAGGAGAAUGAAUCAGACGAUACAGAAGAAGGAUUACGACUAAGACGGCAUUAAUCAGUAAAGAACAUCCAGAGCGAUCGAUUAUACGCAAAAAUUACGAUCGAUCAAAUUUAUAUAGCGCAAGAAGCGGUUGAAGUAUUUUUGAUCGAAGCGAUGUACUUUCAAAAUAUUUGUAACUAAAAAUAUAAGAAAUUUCGUGCAUCUAGAAUAGAUAUUUAUUUGCAUACUAAUGAUGUAAAAUGAACGUUAUAUCCGUGAUAUCCCAAUUGGCUUAUAAACGUUACGUAACAUAAGAAUAAGAGUAUUCUAACUUAGAAGAGUAAAACAAUAAUUUUGAAAAAUAUGAAUUUAGAUUUCAACAAUCGAAUUGAAAUUACUAAAAAU